ACCUGCCCCUCCAACGGUCUCUGCACGUCCCUGCUCUGCUGUAGGCUAGCUAAAACCAUUCUGACACCAAGAAAAGUGAACCAAAUUUCUCCAGAUGUGUAAAAGGCCAAAUAUUAAGGGCAAACGCUUGACAGAAGUUGUUCCCACCAAUGGUGGCAUAACCAGAUACUGGCUUUAGGGGGCUCUUACUUUUUCACAUAGGUUCAUGUUGCCCUUUAUAACUGUUUUUUUCCUCAUUAAUAAAGUCGCUUGCAAAGUGCUUGCUUUAUUCAUUGAUAUUCACUUUUGAUCAAAACCUAUAAAGUGUGACCAAACAAAAGCAAAAAGAGAAGAAAUCUGUAAAGGGGGCUAACACUUUUUCACCUUGAACUGAAGCUCUGAAGAUUGGUGAUUAAGUUUUGACGUAUGUUAAAAAAGGAAGCCCCUCUGAAAUUGGACCGGCGCGAAGAGAGGGGGCACCAUAGCAGCAGAUGGACGUGGAGGGAUUAUAUGAGUGAGGAUGUGUUUGCGACACAAAUUCCCAAGAAAGAGAGGAGAUUGGCGUGGAGGCAGAUGCUCUGUCGCUCCACCAGUUCCCGUCUCCGUCCGUCCACUGGGCUUAACAGGAGAGGAGAGUGGAGCUGAGGAGGUAAGGACCACUGAUGGUCGUCUAAGAGAGAAUAACUGAAGCCAUAAAUGAAGAGAGUUACUGGGGCUGUUCACCAUGGAGGAUUUAAGUUUAAACUCCUAAGGAGCUUUUUGAUCAAGAACUCUUUAAAAAGAAGACUCAAAGAAGUGACGGAUUAAGGAUUUCUUUUUUUUAUGCCAGAUUAUUUUCUAUCAAGUAGAAACAAAGAUCUUGGGGGCGGUGGGUUGACAGCGACGCCCUGCUUGAGAGACAACGUGGUCAAACUGUACCUCACACUAAAAUACAUCUAACACAGAGAGAUUAAAGCAGAUUUGUAGGGAUUAUCGGAGGAGGAAAAAGACAUUUAAAUCUGUGGCUCUCCUAUAGAGUCACAAAAAAUAAAUAAUUUGUUAUGUGCUCUGGUGUCUGGUCCUAAAGGUCCUGCUGGAGCCACCUCAGAAGGCACGAUGAUAUUGGGGGGGAGUAAAGCCCCAUUGUAAAACCUUCCUAUAAACCAGUAAAGGAUUUAAUUUAUUUAUUUUAGCUGAGAUUGUGCCUGACAGCAUUCAUCAAGGAUAGAUGUUCCCUGAUGGCGAUAAAGUUUCUUGACAGAUGAAGAAGCCUACUUAGCUUGCAGAAUGCAUUACGUAUUAUUAAAUUCCUCUUUGCCUUUCUGAUGCUGCCCAGUCAGUGAUCUAAUACCACCGCAGACAGAAACUUGAAGUUCAGGGAAAUUUUUGGACAAAUCAGUUCUCAAAAAGACCAAUGAAAACUUUUUUUCCCCCUUUACAUACGCAUCCAGCCUCGGAGCAGCUUAUGUUGCUAACGAUUCGAUCUUCAUCUUCCUUUUAAAAAUCGCAGAUGUUGCCAUCUAGCUCUGUUGGCUGUGUUUAUUCAUCUGUUACGUCAGAUUCAUCACUGCUUCCAAGCUGGCAGAUCAACUCUUAAAAGCCACACCAAAGCAUCUGCCCCAACCUGUCCCAUCUAUCUGCCGCUCUGGGUAUUUCCUCUCUCCUACUCGCCUUAAAUCUGUCUGUGUCGUGUCCACCUUUCACUGUCCCACCACCCCUGCCUCCCUCCUCCGUCCCGUGGCCAUGCUCGAGCGUCUGUCCCGCCGCUCUCGAUCCAUGCUCUCCCUGACGUUAACCUCUUUGGCUCUGGCCCUCUCCAUCCUGGCUCUCUGCACCUCCUACUGGUGUGAGGGCACCCACAAGGUGGUCAAGCCUCUCUGCCUGUCGCCGGUCAAAAUGAAGAACUGUGGUCAGAACAACAGUGAGCCUUACACAACAGAGAGCCCCACACAAAACCCUUUCAACCGCACACUGUCUCCAGCCAGAAGGGAAGAGCUGGCCAAAAUCAGACAAAGGCAGCUGGCCAAUGCUGUACACUACAUCUGGGAGACAGGGGAGGACAAGUUUGCCUUCAGAUACUUCCAUACCGGCUUCUGGGAAAGCUGUGAGAAGCAGAACGAUGGAGAGGUAUGCCGCAGCUUCAUCGACUUAACUCCAGGGGAAACACAAGGUGUGCUUUGGCUGUCAGUUAUUUCUGAGUUUACAUAUAUUGGCCUGCUGGGGAUGGGCUUCUUACUGAUGUGCCUGGAAGUCAUGUGCUCCCAUAAAGAGAUGCACGCCCUAAAAAUCAAUGCCUUCGCAGCUAUUUGUACUGUGCUGUCAGGUCUUCUUGGGAUGGUAGCACAUAUGAUGUUCACGACAGUAUUUCAGAUGACGGUCAUUGUGGGCCCUAAAGACUGGAGACCUCAGUCCUGGGACUACGGCUGGUCAUUUGCCCUUGCUUGGGUAUCCUUUAGUUGCUGCAUGGGGGCCGCUGUUGUCACACUCAACUCCUACACGAAAACCAUCAUUGAGAUCCGUCGCAGGCAAAGACUCCGCUUGGACGAAGCAAGAGCCGCCGCUCGGGUCCCCUCCUACGACGAAGUGGUUCCAGGAGGCGGGCUGUACUCUGUCAGCGGCCUGCUGCACUGUCCGGAUGGGAUGAUCGACGUGGCGUGGGCCCCGAACGGCAGCGUGGUCGGAGUGGGAAACGGGGACGUACCAACGCUCGUUUUAGUGGGAGGCUGCGGCCCAGAGGGGUGUGAGGACUGCGAGCGAGAGAGGGACCAGAUGGAGGUGGCUGUGGAUCGAAUUGACUCACCUUGUUAGGGGGACUAGUUACGCCCAUGAAGUAAAAGGCCUAUUAAAAACAUAGCAUCUGAGUCAACGGCCAUUCAGGUUUCUAAACAAAGGUGGAUGGUGUUUGUUGAAUCGAAUCAGCAACUGAUUUAAAACAGAGAAGGAUUGCUGGACUCCUUGCAAAACCAACUUUCAGCCUGCAUCACCCUGUGUGUGCGCUAUGUGAUUGAAACAGGCCUUUCACACAGGAACAGGAACAACUGUGAAAGCGUACAGCUGUGUUAGAGUUUUUUACAUGCCCCGGUGAGAUGCUUUAUAAGAUAGUUAACAAACAAAGCAAAGGAGUUGCCAGAGAGGCAAAAACUGAAAAAGGACAGCCAUGGAAAAAUUAUGCCUCCCUAAAUAUCUGAUUUCAGUUGUAUUAAGAUAUUGUUUCCUCAUAUCUAAAAAAAAAAGCCCUUGCAGUAGGUGGGGGCAGGUUGAGUCAUUAAACUAGCAGGCUCAAAAUGUCUGUUAACACAUAUCAAAAUGUGAAGACUUUAGUGCAUGCAUAGGUCAGACUUGCAUGAAAAUCUGCAUGUUUUAUGUUUCUGUGCCUAAUGAUAGCAAAGCAAAUGUAUGUUUCUACAUGUAAAUGCAUAAAUGUUUACCUUACUUUGUUGGUUAUACCUUCAAGACAUAAAUGCAUGUCACACUUUUGUUGGUUUGAUAUAGAAUAUCUAAUAAUUUAUCGGAGCUGGACAUUAAACGUGUGUCAUUUUGUUGAACGUCUGCUUUUGCCUGUAAAAAAAAAAAAAAACUUGUGAUAAAUGAUGCACUUUCAAACCAAAAGAGCCACCAAAUACCGUUUCUGCGUGAAGACGAGCAGACAGACCCACAGAGAUAAAAUGAUUACAGAGAUUUUGGAAAAGUCUGCUCUCAUGUUGAACAGAAGAUUAUGUGUAAACCAUUAAUCCUGAGUUGGAUGGAGCGAACGAGGAGCAGAGAGGAGACACGCUGAAGGGACGGAGAGGAUCGAGUUGUUGGGGGGUCAGAAUGAAAGUUGGAGAGAAAAAUUCUGGCACACUCUUCAAAAAGAGACUGACUGCAUGCACUUUGGCCUCAGCUUCACCACAGCAUCCCAUAAAUACAAGUUUAUUGAUGUGUGCACACUUUUGUUAAACUGAGUUUAACAAAAGAUUAUUUAGGCAUUAAUUCACAAAGCUAGAUAAAAUGGCCUAAAUUUACCUUCAGUAUCUGUAGGUUACACUUUUGAGAUAAUCCAGGAUUUACUGCUGGGGAUUAUAACAUUGAAAAACUGGAAAAAAAAAAAAAAAAAAAACAUAACGCGCCAUUUUUGUCAGCCACAAGAAUAAUGGUAUAAAGUAAGUUUCUAGGUCAAAAAGGAGAUUAAUGGGACAGAUACAUAAAUUGAUUUCCAAACAACAGAUGUAUGAGAAAACCUUUAAUUUGUUGUUCAGUGAAUAAAGCACAACACUCGUGAGCUAAAAACUCAAUCAAGAUAUUUAAAGUCUGUAAAAAAAAAA